AUGGCCUUCAUGGCCCACAAUCGGAAGAACAGCAAAGGACCUUUUCCACUGGAAACUCUUCCAAUGCCAAAGGUGGCCUGUGGUGAUUAUUUGCACCUACUGGAAGAGAAAUAAAAACUGCAGCUAAACAAAUUCCUCCUUCAUAGGACGUUUCUAGUGGCCAACAUAUGGCCAAAAAUGGAGAAAAAAAUUGUUGAAUACUAUGAUCAAGCAUUUCAGUCAAUUCUGAAACAUCACCCAGGAGAAACAGUGACAGGGUUACUGCUCAUCUACCCCACUUCCAUGCUACACAUCAUCGAGUCCUCCAAUGGUACUCUUCAGCAAAUUCUUUCAGAUUAUCUUAGCCAUGAAAGGAAGGAAACAGAAUUUUGGGUUCAAAAAAUGAAAAUUAUAGUCAUUUCUCACAACAUCCCAACAAGACUCUUUAUGCAGUGGCAUGUUUCAGUAGUCAGAGUGCCAACUAUGUGCCUCAAGGAUGUGACACAGUCACAGUCCCUGCAGGAGAUUGUCACAGAUUUUCUUACCCGGAUGCAUAAACUGGCUAUGCACCUUUUUAAGACUCUUAAAGUGGGAACAAAAGGACUAGAUGAUAACUUGCACCAUGCUGCACCUCACCUGCUCCCUUCAGAACAAAUCUUAAAGUAUUUAUGUAAUUCUGAAGAACUCAUGGGCCCAGCAACUUUCAUAAGCAUGUAUAAUAAAUCCAUAGAUAUAGUCUUGGAUUCCGAGGUGGUAUGGCCUGCUCUUUCCAGGCUCUAG